AUGUCUUGUUGCCAAAAAUACUAUCAAGGCCAAACGGACUUGAAACCAUUGUCUGAUGCCACCAUGAUGGCCUUUGUAGCUCUAAUCAUGAUUUCCAAAAAGAUCAAAACAAAUCGUGCAUCCGUAGCAACAGUGUAUGUAACCACAUUAUCGUUCCUUCCUUUGGUCAAUUUAUUGACGAAGAUCGAGAUAUAUAAUAUGGUGGAAUGUGGAAUGACAACUGUGGUGGGAUUUUUGAUUUCGAUGGCAGGUGCGCAACCCAAUAUGCAUCCCAUGGUAUUGGUAGGAGUGGGAUGGGGUUUAAAAAUGUUUAAAGACAUUUUUUACUACCUCCACGAAGAAAUUGGGUUUGCCUUGCAACAAUAA